AUGCCAGCCGCCAAACGCGCCCGGCCCUCUUUCUCUCCUCCCCGCCCCAGUAAAUCGAAAGUCGCAGCCAAAUCGACGAAGCCAACGACAGCAUCAGACACGACCACAUCCCGAAAGCGCGGCCGCCCCUCCACCACCUCUGCCACCACAGGUCCGAAGCGCACCACCAAGACGACCAAGCGUCGCCAGCGCACCCCAUCCCCACACAACUCCUCCUCCGCACCCUCGUCCCCCGCCUCCCAAGCCUCUCUCGCCGCCACAUCCACGCGCUCCUCCUCGCCCUCACGCUCCGCCUCCCCACCCACCACCACCACGAACCGCGGCCCCGACCAAUUCGACUCCGCCACCCACCUCCUCGUCGAAGUCACCACCGCGUCCACCACGACCCAACCCUCCAUCCCGCUCGGCCUCAUCCAUCGCAUCAUGCUGGAACACUGGCAGGGAGGGGAGAAGACCAAGAUCUCCGGCGACGCGAGGGAGGUAAUCGGUUGCUACAUCGAGACGUUCGUGAGGGAGGCGGUGGUGAGGUGUGCUUUUGAGGCGGGGGAGAGGGGGGAGAGGGUGGGACAGGGGGAGGUGGAGGGGGAGGCGGAGAAGGGAUGGUUGGAUGUGGAGGAUUUGGAGAGGGUGGGAGGGGCGCUGGUGUUGGAUUUCUGA